GCCCACAUAGAGACGUACGGGUACGGGUUCCGAUCCUACGACGUGUCACCACCGGAAGUGGGCUUCAACGUGUCGUUGUACCGGGAGGCCGAGGUCAAGGCCGGGAUGUCCGCCCUCAGGUCUCCCAUCAUGCCCUACUGCUACGUCAUGAUGACGUCACUGCUCGCACUGCUCGGCCUGCACCCCCGCCCCUACAUGCUGUGGAGAAUCUUCCACGUGUUCAUCUCCUCCCUGCUCCCUAUCUCCGUGUACCGACACACGUCCGUGCUCACUGGGACACGUGACGUGAGCUGUGUGGCGGCCAUCUUGACCUCUUGUUCCGUGUACCUGACUGUGUGGGGCACGCGCUGUCUGCUGCACUCCUUCCUCUCGCCCCUCUCCUUCCUCGCCGCCUCCCUGAUUACAGACCUCUUCUCCUCCUCCUCCCCACACUCCUCACAAUCACAAACGUCCACGUCAGGAGCAGUGACGUCACAGACUGGAGGAGGAGUAGUGACGUCACAGACUGGAGGAGGAGUAGUGACGUCACAGACUGGCCGGUGGUCAGACGACUCUCGUCCUGCCACGCCCACGUCUGCGGCCAGGGCAGGGACCGGACACAGCAGUCACGUGACCACGCGUGGCCACCACGUCGGCGUGACCUUCACGUCUGGUUCACGCACAGGCGGAGAGGGGAGCAGUGUGGAGCCGGGGGGAAACCAUACCCGCGAACAUGACAGCAACAGCAACAACAACAGCAAAGACAACGACAAAAACAACAACAACAGCAACAACAACAAUAGCAAUAUUAGUCUUCCUUCAACCACAACAACCACCACCCCCAACACAACAACAACACCACCAACACGCCCACAACAACAGCUGCUGUUUCCAUCAGAAGCCCGCCCAGUGCUGACAGGAUUCCUGGUGUUCCUGACCCUGUACAUCCGCCCCGACUCGCUCCUGCUCUACUCCUGUCACGUGACCACACUCCUCUCCCUGGGCAGGAGGCCGUCUCUCUUACGUCACACGCCGGGUGUGCUGCUGGGCGUGGUGCUGGCAGGUGGUGUAGGAGUUAGCGCAGACGCGGUGAUGUACGGGACGGGGGUGUUCAGUCCUGUCAACUGGUUCAACUUUAACGUCGUCAACAAAAUGUCCACGCUCUUCGGAUCUAUGGCCGCCUCUAUGUACGUCCAGGAACUCUGCACCAAAGACUUAGGCACGUGUUUAUUCCUUCUCCUCUCUCUGUCGUUCACUCUUUUCUCCUCCUUUUUUCCUCCUCCCGUCAACAACACCUCCACCACCUCCACCACCACCACCACUACCACUUUCACAACCAUCUCCACAACCACCACAACGACCUCUCCCUCACCCUCACACAACACAAAAGCCAAAGAUUCGAACCCUCGCCCCCCGCCCCCACCACCCCCACAAAACCAGCUCGCGUGUGUAUCUCGGCGCGUCCUUCUCUCCUGGCUGUCUCUCCUCGCUGUCUACUCUCUUAACCGGCACAAGGAGCUCAGGUUCCUACAUGACGUCAUCGUGCUCAUCUACAUCUACGUGGCCAUAGUCAUCGUUGACGUCACUCACUACGUCACACGUCACGUCACUCAUUACGUCACAAGUGACGCCACUCGUCACGCCACACGUCACGCCACACACCACGUGAGAGCCGAGAGCUGGGGCCAGGCCGUGGGUCGUGUGCUCGUGGUUAUCUUCGUGCUGUCUCAAUACCGCGGCUUCCCGUGGGGGGAGGAGGAGGUGAGAGGCUGGAGCUACCAGAAGACGAGCUCCGUGCCUCACACCAACGCCUGUCUGGACUUCCUCUCCACCCGCCGUGACGUCACAGGGGUUGUGCUGGACAGCGACCUGUUCAUGACGGGCGCCAGUAGUCUGCUCAGACAUGACGUCAUACUUCUGGCACAGGUCAGGGACGGGUUCUACCAGUUCGACCCUCACUCCCGCCGGAACUCCUCCUCCUCCUCCUCCUCCUCCCCCUCCUCCUGGCUGACCUACCUCCGACGCCCCACCCACUACACUCACAACCGGUUCGCGCCGGACGGGUCCUUCCAGACGUCUGCUCACGAGUUCACGCGCGUGUCUGACUACUACAGCGGCCGGAACCCAGGGGGCGUGGCCUCCGCCAUCUUCCUAGAGCCCCGCUACAACUACCUGGUGCUGCGCGCAGACCGGAAGUUCGUGGACUUUGGAUUUGUGCAAGUUUUUGUCUCUGGUGACAGGAGAGUGCUGCGUCGUCAUAGUGAUGUGGAGACAGAGUAUAGGCUGAGGGAGACAGCUUCUAGGAUCCCCGCUCCCCACAACACCACACUCCUGCUCCACGAGGCAGACGUGCUGUAUCACAUGGCGGAGUUUUCACGCGCCGCGCGGCGUUUUCUUGACGCUCUCUCCCUGGACCAGCGGCUCGUGGACGCUUACUGGCCGCUCCGGAACUGCUACGUCAUGCUGG